AUGGACGGCUCGGGCCAAUAUGGAAACGCCAUGGGCGGAACUCCCGGUGAUACACCACUAACUAUGCAGCAAAGCAACAUGCCUGGAACUCCUAACGCCGGAGGAUAUUCAUCGAAUGCUCUGCAAGGAAAUAUGGGAGGACAAUCCAUUUAUUCUAUCAAUGGCGGAGGAACAGGACCACCUCCAUCUUCUCCGUAUCCCACCAGUGGUAGCAUUACACAGUUUGCAUCACCGCAACUGCCAGCAUCGUCUUCGGCCUACGACUUUAGUCCACCACCAAAUCCUGCAGCGGUUGCUGCAAAUGCGAAUAUGUCGUUUACCGAACGGGCCGCCUUGUUGCAGAAACAACAGCAACCGCAACCCCAGCCGCAAUCAGUAUUUGCUCAAACAACUCCCACUACUCCUGGUGGCUUGUUUCCACAAUCUCAGCAGGCUAACUUGUACGGUCGUCAAGCGCCGCAACCACCACAAAAUAGUGGAAUGUCCUUUGCGCAACGAUCCUCAACGAUGCAACAACAGGAAAAGCAAAACAUGUCACCGUAUGCUCCGGGCGUAGUUGCUCAGCAGCAGCAACAGCGCCCACAAUAUGGACCACCCGGUGGAAUGCAGCAGGGAAAUAUGGUGUCACCUCAAAACCAGCAACAAAUGGCAGCGAAUCAGUACCGACCAACACCACCACAAGCCAACAACAAUGGCAUGUCGUUUGCGCAGCGGUCCGCCAUGAUGCAGCAACCACCGUCAAACCAAUAUGGUGGGGGUAUGCAAGGUCAACAACAAACGCAGCAACCACAGCAGCAACAAGGCAUGUACGGAGGAGGAAUGCAGCAACCGAACUAUGGCGGAGGAAUGCAAGGUCAACAACAACAACAAUCCAUGUCUCCCAAUCAAUAUGGUGCUGGUAGCAUGCAACAGGAACCCCCUCAACAGCAACAAUUCCAACAACAUACACAGGUCCAAAUGCCACCAUCAUCCAACCAAUAUAAUCCUGGAAUGCAACAGCAGCAACCACCUCAACAACAACCGCAAUAUGGUAUUCCCGGACAGCAGCAACAGAUUGCUGGUGGCUCUUAUGCCCAACGUUCGGUCUCGGCUCAGCCAGGUAUGGGACAACCCCAAAUGCAACAAAGUGCAAUGGGCGCUUCGAUGAGUGGCAGCAUGAUGCAACAGCCUCAGCAACCUCAAAUGAUGGGUGCUCAACAACAGCCACAAAUGGGAGGUCCUGCCUAUGCGGUCAAUAGCUUUCAAGGGCAACCACAAUAUGGACAAGUACUACUACAACAGCCACCAGCGGUACCCCACAAUCCAUGGGAGGACCCACCCGAAGUUCAGGCCCAGCAACAACGCUUGCUAAGCGAUGCCACUCGCAAGGUCCAGGAACAUGCUUACUACAUGAAGCAAGCCAUGGAACGCAAUGACCUUCCAGCUGUUUUGGACCGAGCUGGAAUGAUGGUGGGUGAACUGGGCGAACAUGCCCAUGCUCAUCAUCACCAUCGGUCGCAUCCACCAGCGCCAGGAGCUACUGGAUCGACUACAGCACUAUCUCCCAAGAAUUAUUACGAAUUGCAUCUAAGGGCUCUGGAAGAAAUGCCCACCCUGGAAGAUUAUCUACUGAAUUUGGUCCAACCAACUGGUGUGGCCAUGGCAGCUUCGCCUGGGCUUAAGCCGCCGCCAGGAGCUCCUCCGAUGGCACCUCCACCGCCACCACCGUCGCCUUCUUCUUUCACCAUGAAGGAAUUGUAUGACUCUGUCCAAUUCUGUCCCAAUGUAUUGAGUCGAUUGUAUUUGCAAAUUUGUGCCGGCAGUGCCUUGAUUCGAUCCAGAGAAGUGGGUGCCAAGUGGGUCAUGAAGGAUCUGAUCGAGGCGGUCAAGUGCGUACAAAAUCCAGUCCGCGGAUUGUUCUUGCGACAUUACUUGUUGCAGGUGUUCAAGGACAAGUUGCCGGACGAACCCAUUCCCUUGAGCCAAAUUGGUCAACCGAUGUCUCCCUUGGUCCAGCAACAAGAAGAACCUGCCGAAGCACAAGCCCAAGACCCCAAUCAAGCUGCUUUUGGUGCUCCUACUAUGGCAGUCAAUGUCGAAAAUUUGGAAAAGGGCACUGUCAAGGAUUCGUACCGAUUCAUUCUGGCCAACUUUAUUGAAAUGAACAAAUUGUGGGUCCGAAUCCAACGCUUGCCUGGAGAUGGUCGUUCCAAGGACGUGAGACGUCGUCGUGAACGUGAGCGCAACGAUUUGCGUGUCUUGGUGGGAACCAACAUGGUCCGGUUGUCGGCUUUGGAUUCGGUCACUUCGUCCAUUUAUGGGCAAGUGAUUUUGCCUACGGUCUUGGAUCACAUUGUCAUUUCGGCUGAUCCACUGGCACAGGCCUAUUUGAUUGAUUGCAUCACUCAAGUCUUUCCCGAUGAAUAUCAUAUUGAAACAAUGCCCAUCUUGCUGGGUGUCUGUCCCAAGUUACGUGACAAGGUCAAUGUUCGCACCAUCCUUCAAGCUUUGAUGGAUCGAUUGGCCAAUUAUUUGGCCGACGAGGAGUUAUUGGACGAGAAGGACUCGAAUCAAGUCAAACAGUCCUUGGCCAAGGAUUCGUACCGAAUGUUUGAUGAUUGUGUACAAAGGGUUUACAAUGCACGUGGCCCCAAACUGCAAGCGAAGGAAGUCAUUCGAUUGCAAACUUGUCUGUUGUCAUAUUCCAAGAAAUGCUACGAGGGCAAUCAAGAUCAAGUGGUGCUUUGUAUGAAUCACUGUGUGGUGGCCUUGCAACAAGCCAGUGCCAAUCAGGCCUUGUUGCAAGACUAUCAAGGCAAUCAGCACAUGCCGCAACAGGCACCACCAAGAGUUCCAAUGGAUCCGGUGGCGACCAAGGAAUUGGAAAAGUUUUUGAGUGUUCCAUUGGACGAUAUGGGGUUGGGAGUCUUGAAUCUUGAGCACUACACCGAUUUGAUUGCCUUUUUGCCGUGGGCCAAUCGCCGUCAAGUCGCGCUGACGCUGCUCGAAGCAAUUAACAAGAAGGGGACUCCACCAGAGAGCAUGAAGGAAUUGGAAGCCUUGUUCACCGUCAUUGCACCAGUUCUGAGAAAUGAGGGAGAUCCGAUUCCAUCUUCUGGAGUUGCUGACGAUGAAAGUGUGGACCGUACUGCCAACCUCAUGGCUGACCUUGGAGUUAGUUCCAACAGUAGUGCUUCAUAUGGCCAGCAAGGUUACCCAAAUGCCCAAGGCAUGGCCUAUGCUCCAGACUCGCCAGAGGACGCUGCUACCGUUUCCAAGUUGAUUCUUUUGUUGGACCAUCCCGAUACAGAUGUUGUCUACCAAUAUCUGUCAGUAGCGCGUAACCAUUUGAGCUCGGGACGUGCCAAUGCGUCACCCUACAAAGCUUUGGUAUGUGCUAGCUUGAAGCUUGCCAACCGCAUUUUCGACGAGCAAAAUCCUGCUCUUGUCACGAAAGAAGAAGAAAGGAAGGUCGAGGAAGAAGUAAAGGAAGAGGAAUCGAUGAGUGAGCCUGCUGCCAAUGAGGGAGCAAAGGAAGACGAAUCGAGCGGAGAGCCUGCUGCCAAGGAGGAAGCAAAGGAAGACGAAUCAAGCAGCGAGUCUGCUGCCAAUGAGGCAACAAAGGAAGACGAAUCAAGCAGUGAGCCUGGUGCCAAUGAGGCAACAAAGGACGACGAAUCGAGCAGUGAGCCUGAUUCCAAGGAAGAAGAAAACAAGGGCAAGAAAGAGGCGAAGGAAGAUUUCAAGGAAGAAGAAAGUACUGAGGAGGACAAGAAGAACGACGAUUCUGCCGAAGACAAGAAAGAUGAAGCCGAAGCGGAAAAGCCAGAAUCUGCAAAAGAGGAACCAGCGCCGGCAAAAGAAAAAGUCAUCAGUUGCCGCAAAGCAUUGCUCUUCACACAACAGACCAUUGCUAUCAUCGCUCAGCGAAAGCUUGAGACUGGUAUGAAAUUGUAUCUCGACGCUGCUUUAGUAGCCGACCAGUUGGGACGAAUCGGUGACAAGGCGGAGUACUCACCUAUUGUUCACGAAUUCUUCUCACAAGCAUUUGCCUUGUACGAAGGCAAUCCAGUGGACUACCGGAUUCAGUGUCGAUGCAUCAUUGCCAUGAUUGGCAAGCUCGUCGAAGUCAGAUGUCUAGGAAAGAACGAAUAUGAGAGCCUAAUCAUGAAGGUGGCUCAAUUCGGUGCAAAGGUACAGAACAAGCCUCAACAGUGCGAAAUGGUGGCCAUGUGCGCAUACCUAUUCUAUGUUGCCGAAGAAGACGGAAGUGUCAUUUACGAAAAUCCACAACGUGCACUAGAAUGUUUGCAACGAGGACUGAAGCUAGCAGACUCCUGUACGACAGCUGAUGCGUCGAAUCUCGGUCUUUUUGUAGACCUGUUGGAGCACUACCUAUAUUUCUUUGUCAAGAAAUGCCCGACCAUUAAUGGCAACUACAUUUCGGGACUUGCUGCUCUCAUUAAAGAGCACACCAACAAUUUGGGUCAUAUGGGAGGUCCUGUUGCGGCAGCACGAGAGCACUUCACACUGCUCAUUCGUCACAUCAAGUUGAUGAAGGACAGUACUGAAUCUGCCGAGCAAUUUGCUGCAAUCGACGUGAGCAGCAUAAAUACCUAG